UCUGUCCGCUACACUUCCUACCGACCGUUUUCGAGGAGACAGUCCUUUGGAAAUAUUUCAAAGUAACUACAAAACUAAUUACAAGCAUACAAUGUCAAAGUCUUUCUAGUCCUUUGGAAAUAUUUCAAAGUAACCAACCAAAUUGUCUAAUAUUUUAUUUUUCAUUCGCUACAUAGUUGGAGUGUCAUCUUCAUCAUUAACUUCAUAAUAAUACAUAUUUCAUUAGGUAAGUUAAUUUAAAACAAUUUUGCUGUUUCUUUGUUUUUAGCUUUAAUGAUUAUUAUAAUUUUAAAAAGAAUAUUUGAAAGGUUACAAUCAAAGUUAAUUUGUAUAGUUUAAUGAAAGAAUCAGAAUUGCCCGGUUAAUAAUUUUUUUAAAAUGUUUGCUUUGCCAUUGCUUGGUGGUGAUCCAUCGCAGCAACCAGUAGAAAUAUUAUGUUAGCUUUUUUAUUUGCAUUUCUUCAGUCUCUGUAAUGACCAAAUUAAAGUCCAGGCUGGAUCAUAUAUUUUCAAAUGAAGCUACAAUCUUAUUAAAAAUAUAAAAGUAAAUUGCGCCACACAAUUGAAUAAUGAUUUUUACCAAUAAAUAAAAAUUAUAGAAAGUAAUCAAUAAAGAAUAAAUAAGGAAAGAAAGCAAGAACCAUUUUCAUAACAAUUUGUUUCAAUCCAAAGUUGAACUUAAAAUUAAACAUUCCUUUCGCGGAGGAAAUUAAAUUAAUUAUAGGGGCCUUUUUAACUUAAAGCAUAUUUUAAAUCUAAUAAAAACCUAAUUAGAACCAACAAUUUAAACACAGUAUAUUGACUUUGAUAGCGAAUGUAUUAAAGCCUUAACUGCCUAGAACAAUAAUAAUAAUAAUAAUAAUAAAGUUCAUUUCAAAAACACGCUUCAACCCCAAAGGCUCGAAGCGCGGUACAAAGUCAACAAAAAACAAAUCUAUAAUUUACCACAUUUAAAACAAACGCAACACUACAAAACUAAUUACAAGCAUACAAUGUCAAAGUCUUUCUAGCCAUUUCAACCAUAAGCAACACAGCCAUUAUGUAUUAACUGGAAAAUCAGGUGUCUACCAUCCCAGAAGGUGUUUGCGAAAUAGAUGUGUCUUUAAAUCGGUUUUAAAGGACUCCAGUGUCUGGUUGUUUCUGAGAUCGACAGGAAGGGCGUUCCAAAUUGUUGGACCCGCAAAUGCGAAAGUGCGCUUUCCGUGACAAUGCUUCAUUGUUUACCAAGAUUAGUUUCACUCUUUGCUUAGAUGAAGAAUACUGAACUUUGACUUUGAGGAACUAACUAACACUAUACUUAACUACAGGCAAGGGCUCCGUUCGUAAGUUGUUUAGAUUUAGGUAUCUACCUGUAGGACCGUGCUCCGUUCGUGAGUUGUUUAGAUUUAGGUAGCUACCUGUAGGAAAGUGCUCAGUUCGUCAGUUGGUUAGAUUUAGGUAGCUACCCGUAGUACCAUGCUCAGUUCAUCAGUUGUUUAGAUUUAGGUAGCUACCUGUAAGACACUGCCCCGUUCGUGAGUUGUUUAGAUUUAGGACCGUGCUCAGUUCGCCAGUUGUUUAGAUUUAGGUAGCUACCUGUAUGACCGUGCUCAGUUCGUCAGUUGUUUAGAUUUAGGUAGCUACCUGUAGGACAGUGCUCAGUUCGUCAGUUUGUUAGAUUUAGGACAGUACCCCGUUCGUGAGUUGUUUAGAUUUAGGUAGCUACCUGUAGGACAGUGCUCAGUUCGCCAGUUGUUUAGAUUUAGGUAGCUACCUGUAGGACCGUGCUCAGUUCGUCAGUUGUUUAGAUUUAGGUAGCUACCUGUAGGACCGUGCUCAGUUCGUCAGUUCGUUAGAUUUAGGACAGUACCCCGUUCGUGAGUUGUUUAGAUUUAGGUAGCUACCUGUAGGACCAUGCCCCAUUCGUCCGUUGGUUAGAUUUAGGUAGCUACCUGUAGUACAGUGCCCCGUUCAUGUGUUGGUUAGAUUUAGGUAGCUACCUGUAGGACAGUGCCCCGUUCGUGAGUUGGUUAGAUUUAGGUAGCUACCUGUAGUACAGUGCCCCGUUCGUGAGUUGGUUAGAUUUAGGUAGCUCCCUGUAGUACAGUGCCCCGUUCGUGAGUUGGUUAGAUUUAGGUAGCUACCUGUAGGACAGUGCUCCGUUCGCAUCUGUGUUAUUAGGCUUUGUUCGUUGUGUGCUAAUUUCCACCAGGUGUCGCUCCUACCUAGUCACGGCCCUGAAAUCUCCUCUGUUGGAGCUACCCCUACCACUCCCUAGGCCCUGAAAUCUCCUCUGUUGGAGCUACCCCUAUCACUCCCUAGGCCCUGAAAUCUCUGUUGGAACUACCCCAAUCACUCCCUGGGCCCUGAAAUCUCCUCUGUUGGAGCUACCCCUACCACUCCCUGGGCCCUGAAAUCUCCUCUGUUGGAGCUACCCCUAUCACUCCCUGGGCCCUGAAAUCUCCUCUGUUGGAGCUACCCCUACCACUCCCUGGGCCCUGAAAUCUCCUCUGUUGGAGCUACCCCUACCACUCCCUGGGCCCUGAAAUCUCCUCUGUUGGUGCUACCCCUACCACUCCCUUGGCCCUACUCUGUUGGAGCUACCCCUAACACUCCCUUGGCCCUACAAUCUCCUCUGUUGGAGCUACCCCUACCACUCCCUGGGCCCUGAAAUCUCCUCUGUUGGAGCUACCCCUACCACUCCCUGGGCCCUGAAAUCUCCUCUGUUGGAGCUACCCCUAACACUCCCUUGGCCCUAAAAUCUCCUCUGUUGGAGCUACCCCUAACACUCCCUUGGCCCUAAAAUCCCCUCUGUUGGAGCUACCCCUAUCACUCCCUGGGCCCUGAAAUCUCCUCUGUUGGAGCUACGCCUACCACUCCCUGGGCCCUGAAAUCUCCUCUGUUGAAGCUACCCCUACCACUCCCUGGGUCCUGAAAUCUCCUCUGUUGGUGCUACCUCUACCACUCACUGAGUGCUGAAUGAGUGCGACGUAUCCACUUCUGUUCUAACUUGCAAAACAUGAGUCGUCAGUGAAGGCUUAUUUCAUCAUUUCAGUUCUGUCCAACCCACGGUAUCUUUUCGACGAAGUUAGUAUUGCCUUAUUUCUCCUCCCUACAGUUAGUAUUGCCUUAUUUCUCCUCCCUACAGUUAGUAUUGCCUUAUUUCUUCUCACCACAGUUAGUAUUGCCUUAUUUCUUCUCAAUACAGUUAGAAUUUGCUUUAUUUCUUCUCACCACAGUUAGUAUUGCCUUAUUUCUUCUCACCACAGUUAGUAUUGCCUUAUUUCUUCUCAAUACAGUUAGAAUUUGCUUUAUUUCUUCUGACUACAGUUAGUAUUGCCUUAUUUCUUCUCACUAAAGUUAGUAUUGCCUUAUUUCUUCUAACCACAGUUAGUAUUGCUUUAUUUCUUCUCACCACAGUUAGUAUUGCCUUAUUUCUUCUCACCACAGUUAGUAUUGCCUUAUUUCUCCACCCCCCCACCCCCGAGGCUUUACGUUUGCAAAGAUUUAAACUGCAAUUGUUAGGGUUAGGGUUAGUAAGUAAAUGAGGCAGAACUAACCCACUUGUAUGUCAACUUCUUGUGAUUUUUUUGUCUUUUUUAACAGCGCUAAGAAUGAAAUCCAACACAGCUAUUGUCUUCCUUCUCGUUGUUGCUCAACUGACAAGUGGGAAACACAGUGUAACAUCCUCGCCCUUAAACCAGAUUGACCCUGUCAUUUACCUUGACCUCAUGGCCCCUGAUCACGCCUGUCUUUUCAUCUGUAAUAUUUGCUUCCCGGAAACGGUAAGUUUGUAACUAAUUUUUAAUAAAUUUAAUGGAUGAGAAAUUUAUUUUGUUAGAUUUACGAAUCUUAAAUAUGCUACGCGCAUUAAAUAUGUAUUUUAUAUACUGUAAAAUGCAUUUUAAAAAGCAUUUAAAAUACUGAGAUAUAAUCCAGGGAUCUCAAACUCAAAUUAUCCGGGGGGCCGCAGGAGGCAGAGUCUGAGUGAAACUGGGCCACAUCAAAAAAGCGAUUACAAAUUCAAUAAAGUACAACUGUUACAAUCUGUUCAAACUUUAUUAAUAACAAAUAAAAACAUUAAGGGUUCACAAGAACUGGGCUUCACUUGCUUCCUCCUACUCCUUGUUGCCAGAGAUCUGGCAGCGCUUCUUCUUACACAGCUCCGGAGCGACGUUUGGUUUCAGUGAAGAGUCAACUGGGACCCUCAGAAUAGCUUGAAGUUGCUCAACAGUAAGUGUGGCCCUGAGCUUCGAUUUGUUAAAGUUCCUAGUGGAAAAGAGGCACACGAUCCGCUUGAUGAAAUCUCAGGGAAGUUGGAGGACAGUUCUCUCAUAAAUUGUCCAAGCUUGUCUGUUUUUCCAUUCACCUCCCUGAACUUAGCCUUGAGUUCAGAAUUGCACUGAAAAUCACCAGCUCGAUUUGAAGCGCAAAAGUUGGGGGGGGGGGGGGCAUCCUCCACAUUACGAAAGUGACAGCAAAAAGGUGAAAAGGGGUUUUGUGUGUUUACUUACUACUGAAUGGUGUGCCAGAGUCCAUGAGUUUUUAGUUUUUUGCCUGUUCAGAAAUGGCAGAGGAAUCUCAGAGAAACCUGGGCUUUCCAUAACACAAGUUUUGUGCAGAAGGGGUUAGGGUUAGGGCAUUGUCAUGGGCAACACUCAGCUCUGUAAAAUAUUUGGCCUGGUCUAUUAUAUCCAACUUCACAACGAUUGUCUCUCUCUCUCUCUCUCUCUCUCUCUCUCUCUCUCUCUCUCUCUCUCUCUCUCUCUCUCUCUCUCUCUCUCUCUCUCUGAUAAGAAGCAACAAUGUCCAAUGUACACUACACAGUGCCUUAUUAUAUACGCUAAUUAAAUCACAUGAUUCCUUGACAUCAGAAUAAUGUUAUAACAAAGUUGAGAUGCAGAGAAUAAUACACACACUUUCAAUAAUUUAUCAGAUGUCUAUUCAGUAAAUCCAUUUGAGAGAAUCCAACAUGAAUUCUCACAUUCAAGUUAUCACCUCUCUCUCUCUCUCUCUCUCUCUCUCUCUCUUUUUUUUUUUUUUUAUUUCCCUCGUUCACUCUGACGUUCUGGUCACAAACCACAACACACACAAUACCUCCUCUGAUUUCAUGACCUUGACAAGCUCCUGUCAAAUGUCAGUAGAAAAGCCAAGGCCAUGGGCCAUGUGGGAUCACGUAGUACAGGAACACCCAGCCCAUUUUUCUCCACGAAAGCUUUGAUUUCUGCUCUUAACUUAAACAACCGUUUAAAGACAUUUCCCCUUCUAAUCCAACGUACGUCAGUGAAGUAAUUAAUAUCCUCAUAUACUGACUCUGUUUCCUCAAAAAAUGUAUUUGCACUGUGUGAUAAAAUAUAUUUUCCGUCCACUCGGUGACACUCCCGAAUCACGUAUCACGUGACAUUGCUCUGAGGGAGAUUUAGAAAAAAACUGAAAUGAAUGAGUCUGCAGUAAUAAGAGAGUGAAUUUCCGAAUUAUGACGUAAGUUCUGACGAAUUAAAAAAUAUAUUGCUCGAUAAUUUAAAACAAAGAAUGUAAGACAAGAGCCUCCCAAUGGUUUAAGUCGUAUGUCAACAAAGCUAGUUUUACGCUAGCCUUGAAAAAAAAACGGUUGGUAACAAUUACCUUUUGGCUGAUAUUGAAUCAACAUAAAUUUUUCUACAGUUUAGUUCAUUAAAAAAAGCUACAUAAAUUUAGGCUAAAACAAUAACAAAUCCCGUCAAAUACUUACGACAGUGUGUUCAAACAAUUAGAUCAACAAGAAUUAAAACUCGAAUAUUGAGCAUCGCGUCACCCCCUAUCUCCACAAGUAGACCCGACCGUCACAUUGCGUAUUAUUGCAUUAUAUCAAUAGUAGUUCAUAAAAACAGAUCAUACGAACAGUUCAUAUAAAAAGUUCAUACAAAAAAGUUAAUACAAAUAGUUCAACAAACAGUGCAUAUAAACAGUUCAUGAAUACUUAACGCAAUUAUGUCUGACACGGAUACCCAAGGAUUAAAAAAUCAAUAAGUGCAAGUUUAUUUUUGUGAGGAUAUAAAAUAUAAAUAAGUGGUCCCCAAAGUUGGUGCGUCAUGUAUGUCAGGAUUUAACUCUUAAAUAAGUGGUCCCCAAAAUUGGUGCGUCAUGUAUGUCGGGAUUUAACUCUUAAAUAAGUGGUCCCCAAAGUUGGUGCGUCAUGUAUGUCGGGAUUUAACUCUUAAAUAAGUGGUCCCCAAAGUUGGUGCGUCAUGUAUGUCGGGAUUUAACUCUUAAAUAAGUGGUCCCCAAAGUUGGUGCGUUAUGUAUGUCAGGAUUUAACCCUUAAAUAAGUGGUCCCCAAAGUUGGUGCGUUAUGUAUGUCAGGUUAAAAUAAGUGGUUCCCAAAGGUGGUGCGUCAUUCAUAUGUCAGGUUUUAUAUUUUAAAUAAAUUGUCCCCAAAGGUGGUGCGCGUGUGUUACAAAAUUUUCAUUUAAUGAAUUUCACUUUCUAUCUAGCGUACUUGGAGCUAGCCAGUACCUAACCACUUUCUAUCUAGCGUACUUGGAGCUAGCCAGUACCUAACCACUUUCUAUCUAGCGUACUUGGAGCUAGCCAGUACCUAACCACUUUCUAUCUAGCGUACUUGGAGCUAGCCAAUACCUAUAACUCAGCACUAACUGUUCCAAACGCCCCUGCAGUGCAAAUGAGUGAUCUGAGAGAUGGGUUUUAUUAUUAUUUAAAUGAAGGGAUAUGAUCAUCAAGAAAAAAAGCCAUUUAUCAUUUAAAAGCCAGUGGCUCAGUAGACUUCUGAAAUCACGUUUUCUUGCACCCCCCCACCCCCCUCAACCGAAAUAUUGUCUCGUACCUCUCUGUGGCGACAACUCAAGGCUGAGAACUUCUGCAAAUCUGGUGUGGCACGUAAACAAUAUCUUCAAAAAUGUAAUAUGUUUUAUACAAUUUAUUAUCUCAAUAAAAUAGACUCUAAAGAACACAUGUGUUUGAUCUAGCUAAUACAGAACACAUGUGUUUGAUCUAGUUACUACAGAACACAUGUGCUUGAUCUAGUUACUACAGAACACAUGUUUUUGAUCUAGUUACUACAGAACACAUUUUUUUGAUCUAGUUACUACAGAACACAUGUGCUUGAUCUAGUUACUACACUACACAUGUUUUUGAUCUAGUUACUACAGAACACAUGUGCUUGAUCUAGUUACUACAGAACACAUGUUUUUGAUCUAGUUACUACAGAACACAUUUUUUUGAUCUAGUUACUACAGAACACAUGUGCUUGAUCUAGUUACUACACUACACAUGUUUUUGGUCUAGUUACUACAGAAACCAUUUUUUGAUCUAGUUACUACAGAACACAUGUGCUUGAUCUAGUUACUACACUACACAUGCUUUUGAUCUAGUUACUACAGAACACAUGUGCUUGAUCUAGUUACUACAGAACACAUGUUUUUUUAUCUAGUUACUACAGAACACAUUUUUUUUAUCUAGCUACUACAGAAAACAUGUUUUUGAUCUAGUUUCGUCAGAGCACAUUGCUUGAUCUAGUUACUACAGAACACAUGUGCUUGAUCUAGCUACUACAGAACACAUGUUUUUGAUCUAGUUUUGUCAGAACACAUGUGUUUGAUCUAGUAACUACCGAGCACAUGUGUUUUAUCUUGUUACAGUCUAUGUCAUUGUGUAAUCGAAUUCAAGAGUUUCUUUAGGUUGAAAUAUUCAUAACAGUUCAAAUAAAAUCUUUCAAGGGAUCUGUUGAAAAAAUGGUGGAACAAAAUAUGUUUCGGCUUGAAAGACAGAACAAUUCAAAUGAAGCUAUGGCUAAAUGCCUUCUUCAGCAGACAAUACAUCAAAAGAAAUAACACAUAUUUGAAAUAAAAUACCCGGUAGGUAACAAAUAGGGCCUAAGCACUCUCAGUCUAAUGAAAGAUUUCAGUUGUGUGUCUUUGCAUAUAGUGAGUUGUUUUCAAUAGUAAGCCAUUGCAGCAAACGCAGUCUGUUACCAGUGGCGUACCUAGAGUAAGUGCCACCCGAGCUGGGAUAUGAUUUAUGCCACCCCCUUUCGCGUAAAAGCACUUCAAAAAUGCAGCGCCUCAAUAUAACUAAAAAGAAGGGCGCCCGGGACGGAACACCCCCCACCCCUCUUUCUAAACUCACUGCUGUUGCAUACAUACCGACAUACACUGCUGCUGUAUACAACUAUAUACCGACAUAGACUGCUGUUGCACACAACUUUAUACCGACAUACUUACAGUUCAGAUUACUUGGUUAGUUUCCAUGAGCAAAUUAGGUAGCCUGUCUCAUUUCACUUAGUAACGUGAUGGACUAUUGAUUUUAGUGAUACAAGUAGUCAUUUCGGCUUCGACAGGGUUAACAGAUCCUUUACAUUACCCGUUAAAAAAUCGUUAGAGAUUAUGAUGCAGUGUAAAAUUGUAUCGAUACCGCCUUCUUUUGGCAUUAAUCGAUAUAAGCUCUUCGUGAGGUUAUUUUUAGGAAUCGAUAAAGUUGCUGUAGUUUAACAGGUAUACCCGACGAUAGAGUUUAGGCAUCUUAUUUGAAAAUGCCCAUGAUCACUGGAUUAGGGCCCUGACCCUCCGCUAAAAGGUUAGGGUCAUGACCUAUCUGCCUGUAACGAAACUUUGGUUUAAAAACCGAUUUCAGCUAAUGGCUCAAGUGAGGAACAAAUAUUAACUAGUGUUUAGGGUUAGCGAUGACGUACUUUAAAAUAUUUUGCAAAAUUAACUAAACACUUUAGUAACUUUACUAGCAAACACAUUCACACAUAUUAAAUAAACACUGUAAUAACUUCACUAGCAAGCACAUUCACACUUAUUGAUUAAACACUGUAGUAACUUUACUAGUAAACACAUUCACACACAUUAAAUAAACACUGUAGUAACUUCAAUUAUUUUAUUUCUUACAAAUUAUUUUUGCCCCUUGCAUUAUCGCUCUGACCCUAACUCAACCUUUCCCUAACCCUAACUUUAACCCUAACUAGAGACCGACCGAAUUUCGGUUUCGGUUUUUUCGCCGAAAGUUGCUAUUUGAUCACUUUAGACUUCGUUUCGGUUUCGGACGAAACAGAAACGUUAACUUUCGGUAAAAUUUUGAUUUCGACCGAAAGCAAUUGAGACUUUCGGCCAUCUGGCCGAAAUUAACUAAGGUGUUCGGUCAUCUACCAGAAGUCAGACUGUCUGUCUCUUGGUCGGCGAUCCGAUAUUCAUUAUUCCUCGGCGUCUUGCUCUCAUCUUUUGUUUUAUGAUUGGUACUUACGAAAACUGCUCUCAGCUGCUUGAUAACCUGCUUGGCCUUGAUUUAAAAAAGAUAAAUUUCAAUUAGGCUUAGACAAAUAAAAACAUUUUGUUGGAAGAAAAACGAAUGAAAUGGUAAUAUUUAUAUAAUUAUAGGCCUAUUUGUUUUAAUUCUUUUCAAAAUUAAAAUGUGGAACCCUAGGUUUAUUCAAUUCUUUUAUUUGGGAUAUUCAUUUUGAUUUAUCAUUAUCGUGCUCGUCAAUAUUGUCAUAUGCAAAGGUGAAUAAUAUUUAAAAAUCCAAAGGAAUGAUAAUUUUAAACAAAAUUCCAUUAUUAUUUUUUUUUAGGCUUUUUCAAUUGAUUCAAUUCUUGAAAUUCAUCAUUAUCAUGCUCACCAACAUUGUUAUUGACACGUGUGUGCAUGUAUCACGGGUUUUUUGUAAUAGUUUUAUUGUAGACCUACAGCAGACCUGUUUACUUUUAUGAUUAUAGCGAGAUGUCUUUUGCUUUUCUCCGUCGAGACCCGUCAGAGCAACAAUUUUACGCGAACCGUCAGAUUAACCAUUUUAUGACACCCGUCAAAACAACCAUUUUUAUGAGACCCGUCAGAACAACCAUUUGAUGAGACCCGUCGGAACAACCAUUUGAUGAGACCCGUCAGAGCAACCAUUUUAUGAGACCCGUCAGAACAACCAUUUUAUGAGACCCGUCAGAACAACCAUUUUAUGAGACCCAUCAGAACAACCAUUUUAUGAGACCCAUCAGAACAACCAUUUAUGAGACCCAUCAGAAUAACCAUUUUAUGAGACCCGUCAGGACAACCAUUUUAUGAGACCCGUCAGAACAACCAUUUUAUGAGACCCGUCAAAACAACCAUUUUAUGAGACCCAUCAGAACAACCAUUUUAUGAGACCCGUCAGAACAACCAUUUGAUGAGACCCAUCAGAACAACCAUUUUAUGAGACCCAUCAGAACAACCAUUUGAUGAGAACCGUCAGAACAACCAUUUGAUGAGACCCGUCAGAACAACCAUUUGAUGAGACCCGUCAGAACAACCAUUUGAUGAGACCCGUCAGAACAACCAUUUGAUGAGACCCGUCAGAACAACCAUUUGAUGAGACCCGUCAGAACAACCAUUUGAUGAGACCCGUCAGAACAACCAUUUGAUGAGACCCGUCAGAACAACCAUUUGAUGAGACCCGUCAGAACAACCAUUUUAUGAGACCCGUCAGAACAAUCAUUCGAUGAGACCCGUCAUAACAACCAUUUGGUGAGACCCGUCAGAACAACCAUUUGGUGAGACCCGUCAGAACCCUAACCCUAACCCUAACCCUAACCCCUAACACCUAACCCUAACCCUAACCCUAACCUCGCACAUGACAGGGUAUAGGUCAAACUGACGUAAUCAGAAUAUGUAAGUAGUAAGAAAUUGUAAGUAGUAAGAAAUUGUAAGUGGUAAGAAAUUGCAAGCAGUACUAAAUUUCAAGAAUAAGAAAUAGUACGUAGUAAGAAAUAAGAAAUAUCAAGUAGUAAGAAAUUGCAAGUAUUAAGAAAUUGUGAGUAGUAAGAAAUUGCAAGCAUUAAGAAAUUAAAAGUAGUAGCAAAUUGCAAGUAGUAAGAAAUUGUGACUAGUAAGAAAUUGUGACUAGUAAGAAAUCGCAACUAUUAAGAAAUUGCAAGUAGUAAGAAAUUGCUAGUUGUAAGAAAUCGCAAGUAGUAAGAAAUUUCAAGAAGUAAGAAAAUUCAAGUAGUAAGAAAUUGCAAGCAGUAAGAAAUUUUAAGUAGUAAGAAAUAGUACGUAGUAAGAAAUAAGAAAUAUCAAGUAGUAACAAAUUGCAAGUAGUAAGAAAUUGCGAGUAGUAACAAAUUGCAAGUAGUAAGAAAUUGUGACUAGUAAGAAAUUGUAAGUAGUAAGAAAUUGUAAGCAGUAAGAAAUUGCGAGUAGUAAGAAAUUGAAUUGAUCGCAGUAAGAAACUUCAAGUAGUAAGAAUAAGUAAUUAGUAAGAAAUAAGGAAUAUCAAGUAGUGAGAAAUUGUGAGUAGUAAGAAAUUGCGAGUAGUAAGAAAUUGCAAGCAGUAAGAAAUUUUAAGUAGUAAGAAAUUGUAAGUAGUAAGAGAUAAGAAAUUGCUAGUAAGAAAUUUCAACUAAUAAGAAAUUGUAAGUAGUAAGAAAUUGCAAGUAGUAAGAAUCGGCAAGUAGUAAGAAAUUGUAAAUUUAAAGGAUCGUCCUUUACCUGUUUUGUGUACACAAACAUUUACAAACUACACAUUGAAUCAUGUUCUAGGAGAGAGCUAUUUGAAAUUUUCUUGACCUUAUUAUCAGACAUUACUUUCUAGUAAUAUACAUAUAUAUUUUUAUAUGAAACAUUUUAUAAAGUUAAACAUUAGUUUGUUACAAAUAACGAAGUAAAUUCUUUUUAAAAUUUAGAUUGUUAGCCUGUCAGUUUUCAGAACUGUUUUUUCUUGUUAUGAACAUUUCUGGCUUGACAGACACGAACUACUAACCCAGCUUUAUACAAAACUCAGUCUAAAGCUAUGACAUCCUGCAUUUUCUGUUAAAAAAUUCGGAGACCAGGAUUUAGUUGCUGACUUAAAACACCAUCUCCUUGAGAUCCAUUUGGCUCUUGUAUCUGGCCACACGGUUCAUUGAGUUGAAACGAGAAGAAAGCUUUUUAAUGUUGUUGAGCAGUUUUUUCACCCGAGCUUCAACCCUUGAGUGCAGCUCUCAAUGCCAUCCUUCAUUUGUAUAGACUCGCUGAUCAUUCAUGCUAGUCAAUAGGCACCAAAAAUAUCACCUAACAUCCGGUCGCUAAUAGGUUUUAGGGUUAGGGUUAGGGUUAGGGUUAAUCCCGUUUUCUUCACUAAAAUGUAUUCCUACGUCACAUUGAGGGGUUAGGGUUAGGGUUAGGGUUAGGGUUAGGGUUAAUCCCGUUUUCUUCACUAAAAUGUAUUCGUACGUCACAUUGAGGGGUUAGGGUUCUAAUAUAAAGAAUACAUUAAAUAAAUAGAUUUCAAUUUCUUGAGAUGUUCCCAUUGUAAACCAGUUUCCUGUCAGACUCAAAAUGACGUUUUUAUAUGGACUGACCUGUAACAUGCCUUUUCUAAUGUUGUCUGUGCAUCUCUAGAUGAUUAAAAAUUUUCUUUUUUUAUUUCCGAGACUGCCAUUCUCUGAUAAUUUAUUUGGCUUCUAUUCUAUUCUCGACUGAUGACAUGUAGAGUAAUAUUAUGGGUCGCUGGGUUUGGCCAAACUACGCUGUAUCAUAUAUCCAGCUACAAUGGAUUCCAUGAAUUCUAUUUUUAAAUUAGAAUUUUCUUUUAAGAUGAAUCGACAUUUUUAUAAAUGUUAUACAAUAAAAAUGUCGGAAACUCUCGAAUACAAACAGUUAAUCAGCUACUAGUAUUUCCACUCCUUUCUUGAAUCUUAUUUACAUUACUGAAGUUGGUCUAGUUUGUAUGGACUUCAGAUUGUUGGUGGAGAAUCUAUUUGUAGAAUAUUUUUAAAGAAGCGUUAUUGCAGGGUUUCGAUGUAAGUAUAUAGAAAUGAGCUCCGGACCGAUGUAAGUAAGUAAAUAGAAAUGAGCUCCGGACCGAUGUAAGUAAGUAAAUAGAAAUGAGCUCCGGAUCGAUGUAAGUAGGGAUAUAGAAUGGAGCUCCGGAUCGAUGUAAGUAGGGAUAUAGAAUGGAGCUCCGGAUCGAUGUAAGUAGGGAUAUAGAAAGGAGUUCCUGACGAUGAAAGUAGGGAUAUGGAAAGGAGUUCCUGACCGAUGAAAGUAGGGAUAUAGAAAUGAGCUCCGGACCGAUGUAAGUAGGGAUAUAGAAAGGAGUUCCGGACCGACGUAAGUAGGGAUAUAGAAAGGAGUUCCGGACCGAUGUAAGUAGGGAUAUAGAAAGGAGUUCCGGACCGAUGUAAGUAGGGAUAUAGAAAUGAGCUCCGGACCGAUGUAAGUAGGGAUAUAGAAAGGAGUUCCGGACCGAUGUAAGUAGGGAUAUAGAAAGGAGUUCCGGACCGAUGUAAGUAGGGAUAUAGAAAUGUGCUCCGGACCGAUGUAAGUAGGGAUAUAGAAAUGAGCUCCGGACCGAUGUAUGUAGGGAUAUAGAAAGGAGUUCCGGACCUAUGUAAGUAGGGAUAUAGAAAGGAGCUCCGGAUCGAUUUAAGUAGGGAUAUAGAAAGGAGGCCCGGAGCAAGGUGUUUUUGCCAUGAGCUGGUUACAUUUCUGAGAACUGCAAGCUCCAAAAGUGUUAAUAAUUUUUUUUUAAAAAUUAUUAUAAAUUGCACUUUUUAAAAUUAGCGUAUUGAAAUGUAUGCCUCACUCUCCUACCUGCUAAUUUGCUCCAACUCCACUGCUAUCUAUGAUGCCCCACACUUCUACAGCUAUGUUGCCUCUGACACACCUGAUACAUCACUCUGUCAAUGCCUCAGUACACACCUCAUAUAUCUCUCUGUCAAUUCCUCAGUACACCACUGGUAUCUCUUUGUCAAUACCUCAGUACACACCUGAUAUAUCUCUAUGUCAGUGCCUCAGUACAGACAUGAUAUAUCUCUCUAUCAAUGCCUCAGUACAGACAUGAUAUAUUUCUCUAUCAAUGCCUCAGUACACACUUGAUAUAUUUCUCUAUCAAUGCCUCAGUACACACCUGAUAUAUUUCUCCAUCAAUGCCUCAGUACACACCUGAUAUCUCUCUCUGUCAAUCCCUCAGUACACACCUGAUAGAUCUCUCUGUCAAUGCCUCAGUACAGACAUGCAUAACGCGCACUUGGGCACAUAAUGCACAUUUUGGGCGCAUAACGCUCAUUUGGGCGCAUAACGAACAUUUGGGCGCAUAAUGAACAUUUUGAGCGCAUAACGCUCAUUUGAGCGCAUAACGAACAUUUGGGCGCAUAAUGAACAUUUGGGAGCAUGACGCACAUUUGGGCGCAUAAUGCACAUUUGGGCGCAUAACGAACAUUUGGGCGCAUACCCUAACAUACAUGCUUAAAAACAUUCUGUUUUCUUUCCAUUGUAAUGAUAUUGCUGAAAGAUGAAUCAGCUUGCUAGCAAAAUAUCAAUUUCUUUUUGAGGAGUUUCAAGUGAUGACAAACAUAAUUGCAGGAGACAACUGUGCAAUAAAAGAGCAUCUCUUGAGAUUAGGAGAGUUUUUGUUUGCAUAGAUUUUGUCGCUUCAAAUUAUUUCACCUCUAAAUAUGGGAAAUACGUGAGAUUAGAGAAGAGGGCGUCACCCACUUGGAAAAGACAGGUUCUCAUUUUGUUAUUAUUACCAUUUUUUAAAUUCAUAAAAGAGUUUCGACAUACAUUGAUUGAAAUAUAAGAAAUGUAGUUUACGUAGCUAGAGUUAGGGUUCGAUGUAGAAAAUUGUUACAAUCUCAGUGUAUACAUAAUAAUUAGAUGAGUGAGACAUAAAAUAAAAUACAUAUAAAUAAAACAGCAUAUUUGAAUUUUUAGUCAGUGGCGUAUCUAGGGUUGAUGUCACCCGGUGCGGUCCGAACCCCACGCACCCCCUAGCUACGACACUGGCUUUAAUUGCCAUACGAGUUCGUACAAUAAAAUACAUAUUUAAUCAUUUCGGUUACGGCAGUUCUCAACCUGUGGGUCGCGUCCCCUUGGGGGGUAGCACGACCCUUUCCAGGGUUCGCCUAAGACCAUUUGAAAACACAUAUAAUCUACAGUUAUGAAGUAGCAACAAAUUAAUUUGGUGGCUGGGGGUCACCACAACAUGAGGAACUGUAUCAAGGGGUCGUGGCCAUAGGAAGGUUGAGAACCACUGGGCUACGGCCCUCAUCAGUCCAUCAUAAAAACAAAUAAUAACAGCAGUGGUGUAACUAGGGUUGGUGUCACCCGGUGCGGUUAGGGUUGGUGUCACCCGGUGCGGUUAGGGUUGGUGUCACCCGGUGCGGUUAGGGUUGGUGUCACCCGCUGCGGUUAGGGUGGGUGUCACCCGCUGCGGUACCCGCUGCGGUUAGGGUUGGUGUCACCCGGUGCGGUUAGGGUUGGUGUCACCCGGUGCGGUUAGGGUUGGUGUCACCCGCUGCGGUUAGGGUUGGUGUCAACCGGUGCGGUUAGGGUUGGUGUCACCCGCUGCGGUUAGGGUUGGUGUCACCCGCUGCGGUUAGGGUUGGUGUCACCCGGUGCGGUUAGGGUUGGUGUCACCCGGUGCGGUUAGGGUUGGUGUCACCCGGUGCGGUAGACUCACCAACAUAAUAACAAAUAAAACAUAACGUUAACAUAUAGCAUUAAUAUAAAUAUUGUACAUCAUAUAUUUAUAUAUGUAUAUACACAUUACUGACAUCAUAUAUGUAUAUAUACAGGGUGGGCCAAUAAAAGUGAAAACAUCUCGCAAAAUGUGAUUUAAUCACAUCAAAUUUAGUUCAUCUAUACCCAUAGUAAGUAAAUAUUGAAUAUUAUUGUGAACAAGUUCUCAGAAGAGAAUUGUUGCCUGACAUUCAAACGAAAUGUGGUCGCCAUAACUGGACAUUGCAGUAGGUCGGAGCCCCAUCUCACAUAGCCAGAUAUACAAUCAACUUUCUUCGUCGGGAGAAUAUUAACUUCAUCGAGCCAGACAUGUGGCCACUGAACAGCCCAGAUUUAAACCCAGUAGAUUAUGCCACAUGGGGGCUUUGCAAGAAAAAGUCUACCUUCGGCGAAAAUUUACCACAGUUGAGCAGCUCAAGUUAGCAAUAAUCGAGGAAUGAUGAAAUCUAAGGCAACGUUUCAUUGACAGAAGCAUAAACGAGUGGCGUCGACGCUUGGAAAAAGUCGUUGAGAAGCAAGGAGGACACAUUGAACAUCAUUUCUGAUUAGCUAAAUAUUUUGCAAAAAAAAAAAUUCCAUGAAGAAUUAUAAUUAAUUAAAUUAUAUUCUGAAAUAACUCAUAUGCUACGAGAUGUUCUCACUUUUAUUGGCCCACCCUCAAUACUGUUUUAAUGACACAGAUUGUUUGUGUCGCAAUUACAUACUGAAAAUCUUUAUCGCAGUUCAACAACUUCUAAAUACUCGUCUUGAAUUAUGAACUCAAACUCAUGUGUCCAUUUCUCAUUUGACGUGAUCAGUGUUAAAUGUAGCUAAUAAAGCAAAUUAUAAUAAUGAUCUAAAAUUCUUAUUUUGAUAUACAACUUUGAAAUUGUAUUAUUAUUUUCACAAAAAAAUAUUGAUUAAGUAGAUGCUCUGUCGUAACAAACGUUAGUUAACCAUAGCUUGAAUACAUUAUCUUAGGGUUAACCCUAACUCUAACCCUAAACUUAUCCAUAACCCUAACCCUAAGCCUAGCCCUAAGUUAAACCUAACCCUAAAACAGUAGCUUGAUUACAUUACGGGUUAUCGGUAGCGGUAUAGAAAACUGAAAAUUCAAAUAAUCUUAGGGUAAUUAUAAAAAUCAAAAUUUCGAUCUCGUAGAGAAGAAAAGCGAAUGUUUGCGGAAUUUGGGGGGAAAAGCGCUAUAAAGGCAAUUUUCUUUUAGCCAAGUGCGGAAAUGAACCACUUAGGCAGGCGAAAGUCUCAACAGGGAUAACAGCGGGUGGGUUAUUUCAAUCCCCGUCUUUAUUGAAAUGAACAUUAGCAAGCACCGAUGAUUUCUUACGUUGAGACCUUCAUUUGCCAGACAAAGACAUAGUAUCUUGAAAUUGAUUGUGUUAACAUUAGAAUACAAAAUAUCACAAUUUUUACCCGAUACUUUUGUUAUCUUGAGACCUUCAUUAGCCAGACAAAGACAUAGUAUCUUGAAAUUGAUUGUGUUAACAUUAGAAUACAAAAUAUCAAAAUUUUUACCCGAUACUUUUGUUACCAAAAAUUUAAAGUAUCGGCUAUUUUGGGUUAUUUAGGUUAUUUACUCUGCAAAGAUAACCAAAAUCAAUUUUUAAAAAAUAAUUCAUUAUGUUUCGGAGAAACAUUGGCUAAACGCCUGUCAAAAUAAUAUUGUAUACCCGCAUCAAGUCAAUACCAUAUCGCCAGAAUAUAGCAGUUCGGUGGAACGGUGGAAUGGGAGGGGGGAAUAAAUGGUUGAAAUGGUAAAGGUAAGGCGAGAAUCUAUUGAGGAUUAGGGUUCGACAGGGUGGGAUAUAGGGGCUAGGAUUCGACACGGUGGGAUAUUGAGGUUGAACGGGAGGGUUAAGUUCGACAGGCUGGGAAAUAUGGUUUAGGGGUUGAACGGGAGGGUUGGACCUCGGAGGUUCGAGGAUUAGAUGAGGGAUGAAUGAUGAAUGAUCAAUGAUGAGGGACCAAAGAUGAAGGAACAAUGAUGAGGGAUCAAUGAUGAGGGACCAAUGAUGAGGAACCAAUGGUGAGGAACCAUUGAUGAGUGACUAAUGAUGAGGGAUCAGUGAUGAGGGAUCAAUGAUGAGAGUUUUGAAUGGCUGGAGAGAUGCCCUUAAAGAAACAUUGUUCAAGACAUUUACUUUGAUGAAGAACCUGUCUUUGUAACUUAUUAGUGAACGGGGGAGAAAUGUGCCAAUAGCUCUGAAUUAUGUGGAAAGUUACCAAACCUUAUGCUUGGUCAUGUAGAAACUUACCAAACCAUACGAUUUAUUAAGUUUUAGUUAUAAUUUAAACAAUUUAAAUUUCAAUAAAGAUAUUGUCUGCAUUGAUCUGAUUGCAUAGAGUCUACAUUGGCGUUUAAUUUUUUUUUUUUUUUUAAUUUGAUGGACUAGUGGACAAAGUUUGGAAUUCCACCAGGGACGAGUGCGAAAGUAAUAUUUUGACCAUACAAACUUUUUGAUGCGGACCGGCAACAUCAGCCUCGAGGACCGGUGCCGGGCCGCAGACCACCAUAUAAGGAAGGCUGGUCUACAUGAUUUGUUAAAAUUUUGACUUUUUGCUUUAUUUCUAGGAGGCAACCGACGACCUACUUGAAUGUAGCAAUUCUGUGUGUGGACCCAUCAUGGAAGGAGCCUGCGCCAUGGACAAAUUGCUUUGGCUUGGAAGCAGAUGCAAACAUCUGGACGUUGUUGAGAAGAUGUGGUCAUCGAAUGCCAAACAUUAAAUUAUAUUGAUGGCCAAUUACUCAAGGAAUUAUUGCGAAUGAUAUCAAUUACACUUUUAAUAAGUUCUAUGUUUUGGUACUAAAUUUUUUUAAAAAUAAGAUAUAUUUUGGUCCAAUAAAUCUAUUUCAAAUAAACUGAAUUGGCCCACCCCAAUUUGUCAUUCGAUGUUUGUUGAUUUUAAAAGAAUGCCCGGUUUAUAUUUCUCACUAGAAAUAAUGGUCAAUGAAACAACGUUAUAUUUGUUCAUGUCAACUCUCCAAGAAAGAAAUUCUUUGUCUCAAUUAAUAUGGACGGGUGGUAUGUGUGGCCGCUACAGCUAUCUUUCGUGGCAGAGGGAGGUUAAAAUCUUGGGUGACCCAGACACUAGUCACUAGUUACAUCACUGGUUCUUCCCCUACAGUUGAGCUUCAUGGUCAACUUUGUAGAGCAUUUGUCAGAGAGGGUUGACAAUUGCCUGAUAUAACAUUUCUAAUGAUAUCUUUAUAGAGACAAUCAUAUCAAAUCUAAACAUUUCUAAUGAUAUCUUUAUACAGUUAAAAUUAUGACAUUAAAGCAUUUUUAAUGAUAUCUUUAUAAAGUCAAUCACAUCACAUCUCAAAAUACGUCGAAAUCUGCAGUGUCGGUCUAUAACCCUAACCCUAACCCUAACCCUAACCGGUCUAUUCUUGUCUGUUAUAAAAUAGUGUCGGUCUAUUCUUGUCUGUUAUAAAAUAAAUAUUUGAGAAUCCCUA